AUGAAGGCAUUAGAUCUGUUUGUCUUCAGUCUAAGAACCGUUGACAUCAGCCCAGGGAAGCAGUCAGCACUCGCCAUCGUCAGGAACCUGUCAAUGGUCAUUGUCUUCAGUCUAUCGAGGAAUCAGUCGGCUCUGGCUGUGGACAUCAGUUUAGAAGCAACCGGUUCCAGCUGUUGCCUUCAACCAGAAACCCAUCGGUACCGGCCGUUUUUUUCUCAGCCUAAAAAGCCGUCGGCUCGACCUUGUUCUACAAAUCUAUUCAUCAUCAUCUAUCUAUCUAUCUAUCUAUCAUUCAUCCCCUGUUCACAUCCAUCCAUCUAUCAAUUUCAUUCUGUUCACAGUCAGUCUAUACAACUUUCACUUAUCAAAAAAUAUCAUCUAUCUAUCUAUCUAUAUUCAUUCUGCUCAUAUCUGUUCAUCUAUAUGUCUCUACAUCUAUCUAUCUAUCUAUCAUCUAUCUAUCUAUCUAUCUAUCUAUCUAUCUCAUUCUGUUCAUAUAUCUAUCUAUCUAUCUAUCUAUCUAUCUAUCUAUCUAUCUAUCUAUCUAUUCAUGGUAUACCCAAGCAUAUAUCUAAGAUAUUGGACCAUUCACGAAUAUAG